GAUGCAUACAAUCCUGCCAUUAAAAGAGUGAUCGAAGAAGAAAGCAUCCAUCAUCUUCUUCUCUUGCUUCUCAUCACCAUCAUAAAUAAAGUUGCCUAAUACUGCCGACAACUACCAACCUAAGGCUUCCUUACAUAAACAAUUAAGCUCCAGCUGCAAGAAAAUAAAUGUUUGUACAACCAACUCAACCAGGGGGGGAAUAAUGUCAGCGCCAGAGGAAAGCUAUGGAUUAUACAACCAAGGGAGCAGUGGCUGGACAUCUUUCAAAAUUGAAGAGCUUCAAGAAGAAGAAGAUGGUUGGAAUGGGUUCCAUGAAAGGGAUAAACCGAAGAUAACAGCAGCCAAACCAAUCCCUAUAGGUCGCUCCCAAAGAGAACCAAGCAAGAAGGCCCAUCGGCAGUCGGCCCCUGUCCACAUACCUGACUGGUCAAAGAUCUACGGCGGCGGCAGCGGCAGCGGCUCUGAGGUGAGAAGUAGCUGGGAAAGUGAGGAGGAAGAAGGAGGAGGCGAGGGUAAGGGGGUGGAGCCUCCGCAUGAAUGGCUUGCGAGGAAGCAUGCAAGGGAUCAUCAGAUUUCUUCUUUCUCUGUGUGUGAAGGUGUUGGAAGGACUCUUAAAGGCAGAGACCUUAGCAGAGUUAGAAAUGCUGUUUUGACCAAAACUGGUUUUCUUGAAUAAUUUAAUUAUUAUUUGCCAUUUUUCGUUUGUAUAUGUUUUCUUACCAUUGCUCUUUGAAUGUAUGUAGACUAGCUAGUAGCUAUUGUCUUUGUCAAGAAUCAUUGUUAAUGUGAAUAUGACUGGUUGGUAAAAUAAAUUGUAAAGCAAAUCAAUAUUUGAUCAUAGCUUGCGUUUCACAUAAUCUUGUAUGCAUGUACUAGUA